UUAGCUGGGUGUGGUGGCAUGCACCUGUAGUCCCAUCUACUUGAGGGGCUGAGGUGGAAGGAUUUCUUGAGUCUGGAGGGCCAAGGUUGUAGUGAUUGGCACUGCGCUCCAGCCUGAGUGACAAAGUGAGAUGCUGCCUCAAAAAAAAAAAAAAAAGAAAAGAAAAAUGCAUCCUAUUGGUAGAACCCCUGGUCUGAGGACCAGGACUCUGAGACUCUGAUCACAGAAGACAUUUACAGGGGUCGGCCAGAAGAGUGACAGGGUUUCCAGCCCAGAGAUGAAGGUAGCCAGUUGGUAAUUGUGAAGAACCUGCCUGGAGAGAUGGACCUGGAAAAACAGGAGCAGCUCAGGAACCAUGUCUUUCUUUAGUACUUAUAUGCAAAAUAUAUGCUAAAUUACAUGCAAAUCGAUGUGUGACAUUGCAAUCUCUGGCAACUUGGUAACCAAUGCUGUAACACUGCCUGGUCUAGCAUGGUUUUGGCUCCCUGGGGCCACAUCCUGCUCUGUAGGUCCCUCAGGACCAACUAUCACAGACCUAAGGCCAGCGGGUCCCCAGUGCUCAAGGACUGUUUCUCCCUGAUCCAUGGAUUUUUCCAGCUGUUUUUCUUGGCCCAAGGAUCACACUCACAGGGAUGCAGAUGGGGGAAGGGGAAGCUGAGAAAACAGUGACGUUAGAAUGAGCUGGGCAAGAGGCAGAUGGUAGAAAACGGACAUGGAGAAAUGGCACUAGUGGCCCAGCCACCCGAGAUGGGAUACCUGGGAGGGACAGCUUUUCAAGGAGAGGCUGUGUUGGGCAUGGUGAGAUGGGUCUUAGUGGGUAACCCUCCUUUCCUCUCCAGACUGAGGAAUCAGAGUUCUGAUUGUGGAGUGCCUCUCUCUAGAACUGAGCUGCAGCCUAGGUGUCCCAGCUGCUUACAUCCAGGUCCAGGAUUAUGUCUGCUAACAGACGCUGGUGGGUGUCACCCGAGGAUGAAGACAGUGUGUGUAAGAAGCUCCUCAGGAAGACUCGGGAAUCUCCCCUGGUGCCUGUAGGCUUAGGAGGCUGCUUGGUGGUAGCAGCAUACAGGAUUUACCGGCUGAGGUCUCGUGGUUCCACCAAGAUGUCCAUACACCUGAUUCACACCCGAGUGGCAGCACAGGCCUGUGUAGUGGGUGCAAUCAUGCUAGGGACUGUGUACACAAUGUGUAGCGAUUAUGUGAAAAGGAUGGCACAGGACGCUGGAGAGAAGUAGGACUCCUAUAGGAGCCGAGGCAGUCCGACUUCCCUAAAUCAAUCCCUGGUAUGUUCCUAAUAAAGCAGUUUUGAG